CCAACCAACACGCUGGGUAAACAAUGGCAAUGCUUAAGUUUUAACUGCUUCAAGCGUGCACUUUUUAAGCUGCGGGACGGCCCUCGUGGCCGGGAUGCCGCUGUGUACCGUGCCAGUCCACAGUGGACGGUGAGGGGCAGGAGGAGGGGACAGAGUGCAGGAGACUGCAAGGAGGCGGUCCACAUCAAACGGGAGACAUGAACCUCUGCUGGAACGAGAUCAAACGCAAGUCUCAUAACAUCCGGGCGCGGCUAGAAGCCUUCUCCGACAACAGCGGGAAACUGCAGCUCUCUCUGCAGGAGAUCAUAGAAUGGCUGACAGCCAAGGACGAAGAGCUGUCGGAGCAGCUGCCCAUAGGAGGCGACGUGGGGGCCGUCCAGCACCAGAGGGAGUUCCAUCAGGCAUUCAUGGAGGAUGUGAAGUCUCGCGGGCCCUUCAUCUACUCUGUUUUGGAAUCUGCCCAGGCCUUUCUGGCUCAGCACCCCUUCCAGGAGCCAGAGGAGACCUUGCCCGAUGGAAAAGAGGUAUCUCCUCGUCGGCGGAUCUUGAAUGUGAGCCGGUCCGUGUGGAAGCAGGCGAAUGUGGCCAGCGACCUGUGGGAAAAACUGACAGCACGCUGUGUGGACCGCCACAGACACAUGGAGAGGACGCUUGAGCGCCUUCUACAGAUCCAGGCAGCCAUGGAGGAGCUGGCAGGGGCCCUGGGGCAGGCAGAGGGAGUGAGAGAUGCCUGGGAGCCUGUUGGUGACCUCUUCAUUGACUCCCUGCAAGAUCACAUAGAUGCUACUAAGCUUUUCAAGGAGGAGCUGACCCAGGUGAAAGAGGGCAUGAAACACAUCAAUGAUCUAGCCCACCAGUUGGCAAUCUCCGAUGUCCAUUUAUCCAUGGAGAAUGCCCGUGCCCUGGAGCAUCUCAACAACAGAUGGAAAGUGCUUCAGGGUUCCAUAGAGGAGCGGCUGAAGCAGCUCCAGGAUGCACACAGAGACUUUGGCCCUGGAUCGCAACACUUCCUCUCCAGUUCAGUGCAGAUACCAUGGGAGCGUGCCAUCUCCCCAAACAAAGUGCCCUACUACAUCAACCAUCAGGCCCAGACAACGUGCUGGGACCAUCCAAAGAUGACAGAACUGUACCAAGCACUGGCGGAUCUGAACAACAUCAAGUUCUCAGCAUACAGAACAGCUAUGAAGCUGCGGCGAGUUCAGAAGGCUCUGAGAUUGGAUCUAGUUGCACUGAGCAGCCUUGUGGAGGUGUUUCGGGAGCAAGAUCUGCAGCAGGGAGAGCACAUAAUGGAUGUUGUGGAGGUGAUUCAUGGUCUGACAGCUCUGUACGAAAGGCUGGAGGAGGAGAGGUCCAUGCUGGUCAACAUUCCACUUUGCGUUGACAUGUGUCUCAAUUGGCUGCUUAACGUAUAUGACAGUGCUCGAAAUGGCAAGAUGCGACUUCUCAGCUUUAAGAUGGGGUUGGUGAGCUUGUGCAAUGCAGAUGUCCAAGAGAAGUAUAAAUAUUUAUUCAGUCAGGUGUCUGGUCCUGGAGGCUUGACAGACCAGCGUCACCUCAGCCUGCUGCUCCAUGAAGCCAUCCAGAUCCCUCGCCAGCUGGGUGAAGUUGCUGCUUUUGGUGGCAGCAACGUGGAGCCAAGUGUUCAUAGCUGCUUCCGCAUGGCCCCGGGGAAACCUGCCAUCGAGGUGUCUCACUUCCUUGAAUGGAUGAGCCUUGAACCUCAGUCGAUGGUUUGGCUGCCGGUCCUCCACCGUGUUACUGCUGCAGAGUCAACCAAGCACCAGGCCAAAUGCUCUGUCUGCAAACAAUGUCCCAUCAAGGGCUUCAGGUAUCGCAGUUUGAAGCAGUUCAAUGUGGACAUCUGCCAGACAUGUUUUCUAACCGGCCGCACAACCAAGGGAAAGAAACUGCACUACCCCAUCAUGGAGUACUACACCCAAACAACCUCAGGGGAGAAGAUGAGGGACUUUGCCAAGACUCUGAAGAACAAAUUCAGGUCAAAACAGUACUUCACAAAGCACCCACAGAGAGGUUACCUGCCAGUGCAAUCUGUGCUGGAAGCAGAAAGCUCAGAGACACCAUGCUCGUCACCCAGGCUGCCACAUGCAGACACACACAGCAGGAUUGAGCAUUACGCCAGCAGAUUGGCAGAAAUGGAAAGCCAGAAUUGUUCAUUCUUCACGGAUAGCCUGUCUCCUGAUGAAAGCCUGGAUGAAGAUCAGUACCUCCUGCGUCACUCCAGCCCAGCCCUGGACCAUGAUUCGCCCUGUGGGCAGCACAUGCUGUUGGCUCACCUGGAGCACCAGGAUAAGGAGCAGCUCCAACGCACCCUGGCCCGCCUGGAGAACGAGAACAGGGUGCUGCAAGGCGAGUACAGGCGGCUCAAGUGGAAACAUGAAGAGGCAGCAUCAGUUCCAAUGCUGACUGAAGCUGGAGAGGGCAGGCUGGGGUCACCCACUGAAGGAGGGCAGCAGGAUGAAGAGCUCCUGGCUGAAGCAAGGGUCCUCCGACAACAUAAAACACGGCUGGAGACCCGCAUGCAGAUUCUGGAGGACCACAACAAACAGCUCGAGUCCCAGCUGCGCAGGCUCAGGGAGCUGCUGCUACAGCCCAAAGAUGAUUCGGAGGCAAACGGAUCAGAACCGUCAACAUUGUCCUCUCCUGUCUCUGGAGGGGGUCACCAUGGGGAACCAGCAAGCAGGGAGACGACUGACACGGAAGCAGCAGGAGAUGAUCUGGAGCAUGAGCAGGAUACGGUGCUGCAACUCCAGGAGGUCAUCGAGCAGCUGAGAAACGUCUUCCCUUCAGAGCCGGGCACCACCUCACACAUCUAGCUCAGAGUGGGUCUGGAAGAGCAGAAUGGUGGCCUGAAUGAUGUCUGAAAGCAGAGGGAGGAGCUUCAUGUGGCUGAGGUCAGGCCACAACACACCGGGCCCUGUGACCACUGUAGAAGCUAUAAUACUCAGAGCUAACCCUUCUCCAAAACUCUGUGCACUAAAAGCCUUUCUCAUGCGAACUACUAAAGGCUUAUGCUGAUAUCCUUUUGGCCAAGCUGUGCUUCAUAGCUUGAGUGGCACCACGUUAACGAGCCAAAGGAAACUAUUGUUAGCAGCAUAGCAGGGAUAGCCAAAAGUGAGGAGAAAAGCCCAGCCAUGACACUGUGCUUACCAGUAUCUGUGUAGUCGUUUAAGAGGUGUGAAGCUUUACAUCAGUCCAGAGCACAAAUUGGACCCCUUCAUCAGAAGAACCUUACAAGAAUGCAAAAUUAAUUGGAAGGGUUUCCCAUUGUUGUGUCAAAAUGCCUGUAUCUUCAGUGUUUGUGUUUUCUUUCUCCUCAAAUGUGUCAUCAUGGUUAUUUUUUAGUUUUGAGCCUGUGGAUGAAGGAUGAGCUAACUGAUUUUCUGUGGCUACAUGGUGCAAAUUGAAACUGACAGCACCCAUAAGAGCUUGUUUAUUUUGUGAGAAUGACACAUCAUCAGUCAAAUCCAUCAUUUAUUUAAGAAAACCAAAGUGCCCGCUAGCACAGGACUACACAUACACGUCAUGUUCUGCUAAUCUUCUUACACUGCUUGUCGCUCUCAUCGCUCGCCUUUCCUAAUUGAUCCCUUCACGUGCACACACUCAGACUUAUGCUGCUAUACAUAUUUUUCUAUUUACAAUGUACCAUUUCUGCAUCUUCCUGCAUGAUCAAUAACAAUCAAGACACACCCCACAUUCUCUUUUGUAAAAGUGAACCAUCUGAUCCCUUCAAAGACAGCUUUUUAGUUGUGAGCCCAUUUGUAUCGAGACUGGAAUUGUGUUUACUUGAAGAAAUGUAUGCAGAUAAAUAUAAACCUCCACCCUGGGAUCUUGUUGUUCUCCUGCUGUGUGCAGAGAAAUUGAUAACAACGGGUCCAGGUUGAGGUUCUCCUUAUUUCUGCUAGGCUAAUUCCACACACUCCAGGAGGGGACGCGGGAAUAUACACACAAGCAUAAAGGAACUCUACAACAGUUAAACACCAUGCAUAAUAAUCCUUUCAUUCCAUGUAUGUUCUAAGGGAGCAGUAGCUAUCACUUCAGUAUGCGUCACUUCCCUUGCUAAUGUAUACUUAAUUGCUUUUGGAUUUGCAAAAGGAUGUGUGGUUGGACUUGGAUCUUAUUAGGGUCAUGAAGUGUAUUUUGUUCUAAACAGCACAGUCAGUAAAUGCCUUAAAACCAAACUGAAUCCAUAUAAGACUAAAGUAAGUUUGUCUGAACUUUUUUGGUCUUUUGUCUUUUGCAUGGAAGGAGGUUGCAUCUGAUGUUUUUGUCUCUGACUCAGUGUUUGUUAGUCCCUGGACAGCUGUGUAGUUUAUUGGAAGUGAUGGAACAAGUGGGAAGUUGUGGAUCCCUAGUGGAAUAUCUAUGGGUUGAAACCAGUUAAGUAGGACUCUUAUGAGUGAACUCAUGAUGCAGGGCAUGCUUGGAGGGGCCAAAGAUCUGAAAGACAUGAGAGGAAGGUUGAAAAAAACCACCAUAUUUAUUUCUUGAGGGCUGGUGGGAGAGAUCUACUUUGAUGUGCCUGCCACAGCCAAAUUUCAAGCAGCAGUGGAGUAUGCCUAAAACAGUGAAGCUCUGACUCUGUCUAUUUCUCCACAAUCAUACCACCUAAUUCUCAGAAAAGACAGAGAUAAAGAAUUCAUCCUAAACCAGAAAAGGGCUCUCUAAGCUUAUUUCUAUGAGCUGGAAACCUGUGUGCAGCAUUCACCUGGGCUCAGCUCUAGGCACAUUGCACUCACAAUUGACACCAUACUCAUCAUUGUUGCCUGUUAGUUUUAAUACUGUUGCUAGGGAACUAUCUCCAAGGACGCAGUUCCACACGUUUGUGAGUUAGUUGAUGUGUUCAUAUUACAAAUGCUAAUAGCCUUAAGGGAAGCAAGAGAGGGCACCUUGUUUUCCAAACACAGCCUUCCAUCUUUUUUACUCUUCCCCCUCCUCUGACGUCUGCUACGGUUUUCCUGCUGAAGGUAGUCAUUUUUAUUUCUGGAGUUUUUAUGUGCAUCAGCAUUGCUUAACAAUUUGUUUUGUUCAGAGCACUCACAAGUCAGAACAAAAAGCAGCAACUCAUGGGAGAAAAAAAAGCCAUGACAAACAGUAUUUAUUCAUAGUCAUUUAUCUACGGGUAUUUACACAUCUCAUUACACAAUGAUGAUUACCCAUCACACACAGCGUCUCCGUACACUCAUAAGUGGUAAUGCAGAAUGAUGUAGCAUUGACAGGCUGUGAAAAGGAAAACAAGGAUUUCCCCUUAUAUCAGCAUUUGCCAUAUUUAUUUUAAGAACAAACAGAAGUGGCAGAAAGACAUAAAUACAUAAAAUGUCUGUAUUGUAGUUACAUUACCAAUCACAGUUCAUCCCUGCACUGAUAGUGAUUCAGACAUACGAUGAGUCUCAUCUCUGUGAUCAUCUGAGGUCUGAUCCAUGAAUUCUGAUCCUUUUCUGCUGCAUGAACCUUAUAUUACCCCCCUCACGCACACAGUAACACAGUCCCUGCUCCCUGUGGCAUAACUGAAGCCAUGCGACUAAAAAUAAAGGCUCACUAGAAAGUCAAGAGUCGCCCUAAAGAACACUGCUUAUAAUGUUCAGACUUCUGUUGCAGCAUGUUGUCGGGCAGCAUACUAACAACCUCUAUCAUUCAUUCAUUGUGUGCACCAUGAUGCAUCUGAUCAUACAACACAAACCUAAGUAUGUUACCCAACAUAUAGCAAGGUAGUGAGUCAUCUAACCUCAAACAAAAUGUUGACUAAAGAAAAAAUGAUACACUCAUACCAUACUGAUAAACUGAGGAUUUUCUUGUGUUCUAAAUUUAACAUUAAUAUACCCCAUUAAUUACCUAUGUUUAUUGUUUACUUGUUUUGAUUUUCUGUAAUUGUCCAGAACUCCAACAUUUCUCACUGUCUUUUUUUCUGAAGUUUUUAAUCUGUAUAAUGUGUUUUCUGAAGAAAGGCUUUUUACUGUAAUAAAAACAAGUGGGUUACUGGCUGCUUUUUACUCUUUGUGUACAGAAAUAAAACUUUGUAUUUGGCAAACUCCUUGUCUCCCUGUAUUUUUCAUGUGACUGGAUUGAACCCUUUGAGAAUGAAUAACAUUAAAGAAAAGUUAGAAUGAGGCCAAAUACAUGCUGGUUUUAAAAAUGUUUUUUGUUGUGUUUCCAAUUUGGAUUUGCACCCGCUGUUUCUUUCUGCUUCUAGUUGUAUUUCUAUCCAUCAUCAGUAUUAAGGGCUUUCAUGUCUAUGACUUCACCUUAAUUGUGACUUUGUAACUCUGCACAAAAUAAUAUCUACUCAUUGGUCUGUUUUGAUGGAGCACUUUUUCCUGUCUUACCAGUGGAGCUUUUGUUCCCUGGGCUUGGUUUGCUUUGGUUUGGUGCACCACUUAAUUGGCAUUUGACCUUCUUUCUGCGUUUGUCACGCGCUGAUCUCUUGCUCUCUACAUUAUCUUUGCCUGACCUGGUCACCGCAGGAUUACUAUCUUUGUCUGUUAGACUGUUAUCUGGUCCACCUG